AUGCCCUAUUCUCGUCGCUCCUCUGGCUCCGAGGCCGAAUAUGUGUUGAUGCCAGUACACAGCCAUGCGGGCAGCGAGUAUGGGCGAUCACGUCGUGGAGGCAAUGGUCGUCGCUCGCCCGCCGAAGCCGUGGUCAACAACUAUCUAGGGGUGCCGCAACCUCGUCCCCGUGCCUCGAGCGCAGGCGGCGGACCGGCCCCUACCAUCGUCAACAUCGGCGGCCUCCCCUCUGAUCGCGGCCACAGUCACAGCCGUCACCGACGUCACGGCUCCCGAUACCGCUCCUCCUCGAGCUCGAGCUGCGAGUCCUCCCGCUCACGGUCCCGCCACAGUCGCCGCCGAAGCGAGCGCAUAUCCGAACAUGAGCUGCCCUACCACCUGCGCCGGGAAAUCGACUACGGCCGCAUGUCGCGCAAGGAGGAAGAAGAGCGCAAGAUAAAAGACGAAAUCAAACGGGCACGUGAAGAAGAUAGGCGACGCUGGCAACUCGAAGAGGAAGAAGAGAAGAUCCGCAAGCGAAAAGAGAAAGAAGUCAUUUUACUCGAGGCUAAACUUGAAGAGGAGAAGAAGAAGGAAGAACAGGAAGCACUGAGGAAAAAAAUCCUCAAAGAUGAAGAAGAGAGAAUUCAGAGAGAGAAAGAAAAGAAGAAAAAGGAAGAAGAGGAAUUCGAGCGCAAAGUCAAAGAGAAAUUCAUGAAAGCUGGCUACAGCGCCGAAUACAUUGAAGAAGUCCUGCACAAGAAGAAAGAAGAGCAAGCCACGCUUGCCAUCGACCUGCAUCGACCAACGUAUAUCAAAGUCAAUCGCAAAUAUCUGCAUCCCGACACACUGGAUGCGUACGGUUUGCCGUGGGAAUGGGAUGGGCGAGACGAAGAAUUCAUCAUCAUCAAGAAGUACAUCGACCACAAUUUACAGGAUGAGCUGUUCGAGCAUACGAGACGGCUUAAAGAACGCAAACUCAUUACGGGGCCUUACAUCAAGGAGACCAAGACGAUUACGACGCUAACGCCGAAUGAUGUCGUGAAGAAGGGGGAUCGGAUGUAUCUUGUCCGUGAAAAGAGUAAGAGUCCAGCGAGGAGUCGGAGGAGUAGUUGGAUGUUUACGUGA